AUGUCUUCAAAGGAAAAACUCUCAAAUAAGGAUGCUUGUGCUUGCUACAGACUGCGAAUGAAUGGACUUUUCAAUGAGCUUCGAAAUGAGCUGAAAAAGGAAAAUUUCGUGAAGGUCGAUAGGUACAAAAUGAGCACAAAAGCGGGACUUUUGCUUGCAACGAUUGAUGCACUAAAAAAACUGGUCCUUCAAACGCAUAUUUUCCGCUAUAACUUGAACUUUCUUUUGACCAGAAAAACAGGUCUUGAUCCAGCGACAAUCAGAGCAAUCAGUAGCUACGUUUAUCUAUGCGCUCUCCCAGACAGCAACCCGCACUCUCGAAAACAAUGCUUGAUAUGGUAG